AUGAUCACCAGCCUCGCACACAUCAACCUCCUCGUCCCCGAGGGUUCUCUCCCCGAGGCCAACGAAUUCUACGUCGGAACCCUCGGUCUAGCAGCCGUUCCCGUUCCCCAAGCCCAGAUUGAGACGACAGCUUGGUUCAAUAUCGCAGGAGGUCCCCAGCAAGUCCACAUUGCAACUGGUAUCAACGAGUCUCUGACUUCUUCACGGCAUCCUUGCUUCCGAAUUGGCUCGUUGGAGGAUUUGCAGAGGUUGCAGCAGCGGAUUUGGGAUCAUCAUGUUCGGGGGGGCCGGGCAGCGCCGAGGGAGGCGGAUAAGCCUGGUGAGCCGAUUUCCGGUGAGAUGACGGCAGAGUAUCCGACGAGGUUUUUUGCGAGGGAUUUUGCGGGGAACCGGUUGGAAUUUAGUUUGUGA